UGUUAACCUUCGAGGUACGAGGCCGUGGACUAAAUUAAAGCAAGUUAUUCGGUUAACAUCUAACCUAACUUCGUGCUAACUUCUAAGCACUAUAAAUUUUAAAACAUUAAAAAUGAAUACAAUAUUCAAACAAAUAAGGAAUUUAAGACUUAAUAUCAAUUUUCAGAACAAAAGUAUAUCUCUGUUUAGUCCUUUAAGAUUGAAAGAAAUUAAUGAAACUCAAAACAAGAAUGAACUAAUAAUAUCUGGACACAUUGUUAACUCAGGAAGAGAACCAUACUUGUUAAAAAAUCCACAUCCUACAGUAUGCCCAGUUUGUGCUUCUGGUCUUGACAUUAAACACACAGAUGUUUUAAUAUUGAGUCAGUUUGUUAGAACAGACGGGUGUAUGCUACCAAGACGAACUACAGGUUUAUGUAGGAGAUCACAGAAACGAAUAUCAACACUUGUAGCGAUGGCUCAAAAAUCAGGUUUAAUGCCAAAUCUAACUCCAGCAAAUAGUAAGAAAGAUCCCAAAAAACGAUAUGGAUGGAAAAAGUAUAAUAAGUAUUUUGAUGAAAGUACUAUCAAAAUUAGAUAGAAUUUAAAUAAAAAGUAAAUAUUAGAUAAUAAGAUUCUUUUAUUUUACAAAUAUAAUAAAAUAAAUUAUU